GCAUGAAAGCUCUGAGCUAGGUCCUCUCAUCUGCCAUUUGUCCUUUCAAACUGCAUUGUGAUACGGGCACGAUCAGUCCACGGGAGAGGAGACGAACCUCCCGGCUGUUUGUCCGCCGGUAUCCACUUCCCGCAUUUCUUUUCUUUGCCCUCCUGCUUCUUGGCUGGCCCAGGGAUGACUUCCUCGUUGCAGCGGCCCUGGCGGGUGCCCUGGCUACCAUGGACCAUCCUGCUGGUCAGCGCUGCGGCGGCUUCACAGAAUCAAGAACGGCUAUGUGCAUUUAAAGAUCCAUAUCAGCAAGACCUUGGGAUAGGUGAGAGUCGAAUCUCUCAUGAAAAUGGAACGAUAUUAUGCUCAAAAGGUAGCACCUGCUAUGGCCUUUGGGAGAAAUCAAAAGGAGACAUCAAUCUUGUAAAACAAGGAUGUUGGUCUCACAUUGGAGAUCCCCAAGAGUGUCACUAUGAAGAAUGUGUAGUAACUACCACUCCUCCCUCAAUUCAAAAUGGAACAUACCGUUUCUGCUGUUGUAGCACAGAUUUAUGUAAUGUCAACUUUACUGAGAAUUUUCCACCUCCUGACACAACACCACUUAGUCCACCUCAUUCAUUUAACCGAGAUGAGACAAUAAUCAUUGCUUUGGCAUCAGUCUCUGUGUUAGCUGUUUUGAUAGUUGCCUUAUGCUUUGGAUACAGAAUGUUGACAGGAGACCGUAAACAAGGUCUUCACAGUAUGAACAUGAUGGAGGCAGCAGCAUCCGAACCCUCUCUUGACCUAGAUAAUCUGAAACUGUUGGAGCUGAUUGGCCGAGGUCGAUAUGGAGCAGUAUAUAAAGGCUCCUUGGAUGAGCGUCUGGUUGCUGUAAAAGUGUUUUCCUUUGCAAACCGUCAGAAUUUUAUCAAUGAAAAGAACAUUUACAGAGUGCCUUUGAUGGAACAUGACAACAUUGCCCGCUUUAUAGUUGGAGAUGAGAGAGUCACUGCAGAUGGACGCAUGGAAUAUUUGCUUGUAAUGGAGUAUUAUCCCAAUGGAUCUUUAUGCAAGUAUUUGAGUCUCCACACAAGUGACUGGGUAAGCUCUUGUCGUCUUGCUCAUUCUGUGACUAGAGGACUGGCCUAUCUUCACACAGAAUUACCACGAGGAGAUCAUUAUAAACCUGCAAUUUCCCAUCGAGAUUUAAACAGCAGAAAUGUUCUAGUGAAAAAUGAUGGAUCCUGUGUUAUUAGUGACUUUGGAUUGUCCAUGAGGCUAACUGGAAAUAGACUGGUGCGCCCAGGGGAAGAAGAUAAUGCAGCCAUAAGUGAGGUUGGCACUAUCAGAUAUAUGGCACCAGAAGUGCUAGAAGGAGCUGUGAACUUGAGGGACUGUGAAUCAGCUUUGAAACAAGUAGACAUGUAUGCUCUUGGACUAAUCUAUUGGGAGAUAUUUAUGAGAUGUACAGACCUCUUCCCAGGGGAAUCUGUACCAGAGUACCAGAUGGCUUUUCAGACAGAGGUUGGAAACCAUCCCACUUUCGAGGAUAUGCAGGUUCUUGUGUCUAGAGAAAAACAGAGACCCAAGUUCCCAGAAGCCUGGAAAGAAAAUAGCCUGGCAGUGAGGUCACUCAAGGAGACAAUCGAAGACUGUUGGGACCAGGAUGCAGAGGCUCGGCUUACUGCACAGUGUGCUGAGGAAAGGAUGGCUGAACUUAUGAUGAUUUGGGAAAGAAACAAAUCUGUGAGCCCAACAGUCAAUCCAAUGUCUACUGCUAUGCAGAAUGAACGCAACCUGUCACAUAAUAGGCGUGUGCCAAAAAUUGGUCCUUAUCCAGAUUAUUCUUCCUCCUCAUACAUUGAAGACUCUAUCCAUCACACUGACAGCAUUGUGAAGAAUAUUUCCUCUGAGCAUUCUAUGUCCAGCACACCUUUGACUAUAGGGGAAAAGAACCGAAAUUCAAUUAACUAUGAACGACAGCAAGCACAAGCUCGAAUCCCCAGCCCUGAAACAAGUGUCACCAGCCUCUCCACCAACACAACAACCACAAACACCACAGGCCUCACUCCAAGUACUGGCAUGACCACUAUAUCUGAGAUGCCAUACCCAGAUGAAACAAAUCUGCAUGCCACAAAUGUUGCACAAUCAAUUGGGCCAACCCCUGUCUGCUUACAGCUGACAGAAGAAGACUUGGAGACCAACAAACUAGACCCAAAAGAAGUUGAUAAGAACCUCAAGGAAAGCUCUGACGAGAAUCUGAUGGAGCAUUCUCUUAAACAGUUCAGUGGGCCAGACCCACUGAGCAGUACUAGUUCUAGCUUGCUUUACCCACUCAUAAAACUUGCAGUAGAAGCAACUGGACAGCAGGACUUCACACAGGCUGCAAAUGGCCAAGCAUGUUUAAUUCCUGAUGUUCUGCCUACUCAGAUCUAUCCUCUCCCCAAGCAACAGAACCUUCCCAAGAGACCUACUAGUUUGCCUUUAAACACCAAAAAUUCAACAAAGGAGCCCCGGUUAAAAUUUGGCAGCAAGCACAAAUCAAACUUGAAACAAGUAGAAACUGGAGUUGCAAAGAUGAAUACAAUCAAUGCAGCAGAACCUCAUGUGGUGACAGUCACCAUGAAUGGUGUGGCAGGUAGAAACCACAGUGUUAAUUCCCAUGCUGCUACAACCCAAUAUGCCAAUGGGACAGUACCGUCUGGCCAAACAACCAACAUAGUGACACAUAGGGCCCAAGAAAUGCUGCAGAAUCAGUUUAUCAGUGAGGAUACCCGGCUGAAUAUUAAUUCCAGUCCUGAUGAGCAUGAGCCUUUACUGAGACGAGAGCAACAAGCUGGCCGUGAUGAAGGUGUUCUGGAUCGUCUUGUGGACAGGAGGGAACGGCAACUAGAAGGUGGCCGAACUAAUUCCAAUAACAACAACAGCAAUCCAUGUUCAGAACAAGAUGUUCUUACACAGGGUGUUCCAAGCACAGUAGCAGAUCCUGGGCCAUCAAAGCCCAGAAGAGCACAGAGGCCUAAUUCUCUGGAUCUUUCAGCCACAAAUGUCCUGGAUGGCGGCAGUAUACAGAGUGAGUCAACACAAGAUGGCAAAUCAGGAUCAGGUGAAAAGAUCAAGAAACGUGUGAAAACUCCCUAUUCUCUUAAGCGAUGGCGCCCCUCCACCUGGGUCAUCUCCACUGAAUCACUGGACUGUGAAGUCAACAACAAUGGCAGUAACAGGGCAGUUCAUUCCAAAUCCAGCACUGCUGUUUACCUUGCAGAAGGAGGCACUGCCACAACCAUGGUGUCUAAAGAUAUAGGAAUGAACUGUCUGUGAAGUGUUUUCAAGCCUACGGAGUGAAAUUAUUUUUUGCAUCAUUUAAACAUGCAGAAGACGUUUUUAAAAAAAAACAAAACUGCUUUAUCCUCCUGUCACCACCCCCUCCCACCCCUGCAACAAGGACUUGCUUUAAAUAGAUUUCAGCUAUGCAGAAAAAUUUAGCUUAUGCUUCCAUAUUUUUAAAUUUUGUUUUUUAAGUUUUGCACUUUUGUUUAGUCUCGCUAAAGUUAUAUUUGUUACGACCACAGAGUUAUAUGUGUGCGUAUCAAAAGUGGUCUCAAAAUAUUUUUUUAAGAAAAAAAGCAAAAACAAUAUUGCUGAUAAUCAGUUUGGACCAGUUUCUUAAGGUCAUUAAAACAGAAGCAAAUUAAGACAGGUUUGACUACAGUGGUGUCUGGUAUUCAUGUUUUAUUUCUGGGCACAAGCUAGUUUUUUAUGUUGAUGUGUUCCUGAACAUAUUAUCUGUUGGACAUCUUUUCUCUUGUGUUUUGUUUGAAUGUGCAAUAGUUUAUAGGCCACAAGUAAGCUUUCUUGUAAGCUCUCUUCCUAAUAGGGCAUAUUUUCUUCCAUAAUAUAAGCAUUUUUUCUGCCCCAUCUCCCAUACUUUUGUAGGUCAGUUCUAUGACAGUGAAUUUUGCACAGGAGAAGCAGCUACCUGAUUUCUCACUUUCUCCCUCCUUGUGAAGGAGAAUGCAGAAAUAUUGUCUCAAAGGGCUCUAAAGAAGAAACUACCAAAACCUUAUUUUAAAUGCCAUUGCUUUUAACCUUCCAAAUCCUAAAUAUUUUCUUCCAGGCAUUUUAAUAAACAUAUUUGCUUCUGGUUUUGGGAGUUCAUAAGAGAGAAUAGAACAAAAUACAGGACAUCAAAUAUUAGCCAUUUCCCAUUUUAUUUUUCUAUGUAUGCUCAUGUUCCAUGUUCAUUUAUUUAAGAAAUACAUUUUUAUUGGUAAGCUUAUGGAGCUAUACUUAUGAAAUUUUUAAGUAGGUAAAUAAAUGGUUAAGACAAAAUAGUGUUACAGCCUUCAUUCUCUGAAUAGGUCAUCUUUGACUCAUAAAAUUACACUUACUGUUUAUUAUAACUUCAGAAGUAAUUUAUAGUUCUGAAUCUAUAGUAUCAUUUACUCUGUUCCUAAGCAAAGACUGGUGACUUUAUCUGAAAAUGAUUCCUCUUCCCAUGACCUAAAACACUGUGUGGAAAAAUCAUUCAAGUGGCAUGCCAAAUCCCUAAUGGAAGGAAGGGCUUCUGUCAAACCUACCUUUUUUGAGCAGACUGAGACUAAACUUCUCUUUUCAGAAUUAUGUUACCUUCUUUAAUUCUGUUUUCAUAAUUUUUCCUUUUGCCAGUUUUUCACAUUAUUUUUGAUAUGUGAGCAACAUUUAUUAUUUUGACUUGAAAUCAUUGUUUUUUAAAGCUUCUCUUCUUUCAUUACUUAUAAUCUUCUCUACAACAACCUCUACAUGUUUUUUUUUAAUAAAGUACUUUCUGUCAAAUAGGGGACUUUUUUCUAAACACAAAUUAUUUUCCAUCUUUGCAAACAAUGAUUUCACUUAAAAAUUUUUUUUUAAUUAUCAGAUUAGUUAGUAAAUGUCAUAUAGUUAAGUUCUAAGAUAUUUCCAGGGAUUAAAAGGUUAAGAGGAAAACAAAAAUCACCAAAUUUCUGAUUUAGGUUUUUAUCUCCUGAACAAUAUUUUUCACUAUAUUCCUCCAUCUCAUCACUUAGCUAAAGACAGCCUAAAUUUCCCAAUUUUCUGUCCAAAAUACUUGUGAUUUAUUUGUAUAUAAGCCAUCUCAUUUGCCACGUGCUGUGAUCUUACAAGUUAGUUGUUACUACACACACCAUUUAUUCAGCUAGAUUGCUGAACACAGUUCUGGAUUCUUAGAAUUAAGAUUAUUUUAUUAGUGCCCAGAAUUCCCACAUUUUGUGUUUUAUUGGACCUUAUCCUGAUUCAGAUCCGUAACCGAUUUUCAGUCUUAUGGCAUAUAAUUUUUUUCACAGUUACUAUUCUUUUAACAAAUUAUUUCUAUCUUUUCCAGUACAUUUUCACUUAGUUCUCUUGACCUGAAAUAUCUUUCAGAUGCAUUUUAGGAUAUUCUUUUCAAAUAUUUGUAGGACAACUUUGAAUCAAAAUAAAUUAUAUUCCUUCUCCAAUUUGAAGCAUUGAGGAUAGACAACCAUUUGAGGCCUAACUGAUCUUUUCCUUCCAGAAGAAUUAUCUUAUGUUCUGCUGUAUUUGUAUUUAGGCCAGUUGAUUGUAGGUUUUCCAACAUUUUCUACUAUUUGGAAAAUGAUAACAUAAUGCCUUAAAAAAUUAAUAUGCCAGAUUAACUGAAUAGUUUACCAUUUCGUUCAAGCAUGUUUAAAACAAAUAAUUUCCUUUCACCAGUUUUUCUUAGUAGACUCUUGAAAAGUAGGAAAAGUGGAAAGUAUAUAUUAUUUUAAUAAAUUUUAAAUUAAAUUAUACAUCAGACUUAUAAUCUGUAAGAUACAAGCAAGCAAAAUUAUUUUAAAUGACUUAAUUACUUGCUAAUAUUCAUCUGAUAAUAAAUGUUUCUUAAAGUUGACAUUUAACUGCCAUCACAAAAUUUUACAUGUACAAAAGUGGGUCCUUUUGAAUAAAAGAUUAUUCAACUAAAAAUAUUAAAAUUUAUUUCACUAGAUGAUAAUGUAACCUUAAAAGCAUCAUAAUAGGCUGGGCGCGGUGGCUCACGCCUGUAAUCCCAGCACUUUGGGAGGCCGAGGCGGGUGGAUCAUGAGGUCAAGGGAUCGAGACCAUCCUGGUUAACAUGGUGAAACCCCGUCUCUACUAAAAAUGCAAAAAAUUAGCUGGGCAUGGUGGCGCGUGCCUGUAAUCCCAGCUACUGGGGAGGCUGAGGCAGGAGAGUUGCCUGAACCCAGAACUCUUUUGUGCGUAAUUGGCAAAAAAGAAAAAAAAAACUGUUACCAGUGUAGGAAAUUACGAAAAGGCACAUACUGAAUGCUGAAGUAUACAUAUACUAGUUAUUUUAAACCUCAGAGCAACCAUAUGAGCAUUAUAGUUAAUAUCCCCAUUUUACAGAUAAGGAAACCGAAGCUAAGAGAAACUAAGUAAAUAUGCCCAAGAUCCACAUCUAGUAACAGACAAAGGUGGGAUUUCAGUCUGGGUCUACCUCUCUCCACACUGUUUCAUCCGUACCACAUUGCCUACAAUGCCAUAUGACAGGAUGUGUAAUGGGCUAAGGUUUAUUUUAAAAAUUUAGUCACUGUAGUCUGGCAUAAUUGUUAUUUGUAUAUAAGCCAAACCACAUACUUUAAUGAUUUGAGAAGUUAGGCAAAUAUAAGGUAUGUAGACAUAAUCUAUGCUGAUUGUUGCUUGAGAAAUAAUUGCUAAUUCAAGACAAAACUCAAUCCUCUAUCUCCCAUCAUGAAUCUUAAAAUCAUUUCACUUCACUCACAACAUUCUUAUGUUGCAGAACUAAAGGUAAAGUAAAUUUCAAGGAAAAAGAUAAGAUAGCUUUUGGGAACAGCGACUUUUCUCUAAAUUGAUUCCAUAGUAGACUUGGGGGAAUUAAUUUAACACAAAAUUUCAGUCUCAUCAAUCCUUUGAAUCCAUCUUCAAGACUUCUGCUUUUAAUAAAUUUAGAGAAUUUACCAAUCCAUAGAACUAAUAGAGUAGGAUAUAGGAAGGAUACAAGGAUAAUAUCCUUUUUAUAAAACAGUUUAGUGUAGCUUCUUUACAUGUAUCCAGUUUUUCCAGAAAAUGUGCAUUGGUUCUGAAUGUAAACUAUUUAAAGAGAGAAAGGAACAGUCAAGUAAAUGUGGGCUUCAGUGGGAAUUAUCACAAAAAUUGGCAAGUAUUUUAAUUUAAAUUAUUUUCAAAUUUGACUUCUACAGCCAAAUGGAAUUAGUAGGCUGUAGCUGUUAUUCUGAAAUUUCCCAGUCUCUUUAAGUCUCUCCUGAAAAUAAUUUAAAAUAGAAACAUAUUUCAAGGAACUUUUAAUUUCCUUUUUCAUAUUUAUGGACAUGAAUAUUCUAUUGGAGAUCAUUAACUCCUAGAAUUUGAGAAUAUAUUUCUAUACAACAUUUUACAAAGUUAUGUUGAACUUACUACCUGUUAUGUGCAGGUUAUUUAUUUUGUAACUAUUCACAGAUGGCUUCAUAUAUUGCUUUAUCUUCCCAGCUAACUUCUUAAAGUUAGAAUCUAUACAUACAUGUUGGUUAUCUAGACCAGUCAUCCUAGAAAUUGUGUAACCUCUCACAUAAACCCCAAGAGAUUUUCAGAAUGCAGUGUUUCAAAUAUACUGUUUACUGGCAAUUUACUUUUCAGCACAUAAGGUUGCAUUUUAACUUUUACAUUAUGAACUUUGCAAACUUUACCCAAAGCUACCUUGCAUGAUUCCCUCCUAAAUAUAUUCCUUGAUUAAGUAAAUCUGGCAAAUCACUGUUUGAGCUAGUUACUUCAAAUUUCGAGAAGGCUUCUCUACAAAUUUCCAGAUUAACAUACAAGAAGAGGAAAUCACAGAGCAUUUAAGUGCGCUUUCCUUAAAUCACCUCAUAGUUUAUGUCUCACUUAACUCUACACCUCAGUUAUCUGAUUGGUUGUCUGUGUCAGGAUAGUUUUCUUCAUAUCUAUUCCGUCUCUCUCCUCUUUGAUCUUAAAUUCUUUUCUUUUACCCAGUAGGACCCAAAAGAGAGCAGCUGGUCAUCAUCCCCAGUAUUCUUAGUCUUCAGUAUGCUUCAGGCCUCUCAAUGAACACUGAAGCCUCAAUUCUUCAGACAAAAUGGCUUUAGAUCUUUCUCCUCAGUCCUAUUGUAAUGACUUUAUUUUUAAGAACAUAAAAUUAUAUUUUCUUUUAUAUUCAAAUUCAUGACUCCAGUUAAGUAACCGUUUGAUAGUUUGAAUUGAGAGUUAAGAUGUUUCUAUUUGAAACGGAUUCAACCAUCAUACUACCAGCAAAUCAGCUCUUAAUUUUUGUAUUAUCUAACAUUUUCUAUUAUGGAAUUUUAUGUUUUUAUAUUCUCACUAGUUAUAACUAAAAAGCCAUGCAUACAGAAUUAUAUAUCAUUUUGCCAUUAAAAUUUUUUAACUUACAUUGCAGCAAGCUUAGUUUUAUGAUUGAGCCACAACAUUUUACAUAUUUCUUUGUAUCAAAUAUUAAAUGCUAAAUGCAAGAUUAACUUUCAAAAGCAAACCUUACAUUAAUCAGGUAUAUCUAUGGACAUUUUUGUAGACCACUUUUGAAAUACUUAUUAUUUUGCAACAGACUGGAGUAUAACAGCUUUUAUUUAACUUUUAGGUGACUCAUUUGAAUGUGCAUAUAAAGAAAAACUUAGAAAUUUAUCUCAUGGCAGAUACAUUUGAAAGUACUUCAGAAGAAUUUAUGCUGUGUAUUAAAACUAUGCUCAAAAUAAAUCAUAUCUUAAAAAUUUCAAUUCUCUUAUUGUGAUGUUUAUAGUGUUACUAUUAAACAUUGUGAACAUACACUUUCAUUUUUAAAACAACUUGAAACCCAUUUUAAAAUCUGGGUAAGAGAAGGAAUCUUCAGAACCAAAUCACAUCACUAGGGUGUCCAGUUUAUGACUGAAUUUUUAAGCAAAUUGGUGUAUUUGAAACUACAACUUGAUUUGUUUUUCAGUUUUAAAAGGCAGCAUGUUGGUUUUAUACAUUUUAUUUUUACCUUUAGAUUUCAGAAACAUCUUCAUGGUUUUUUUUUUUUAUAUCCUUGCAGUAAUUGGUAACAAUCUUCAUGUUUUAAGAUUCAUUCUAUAGACAUCAUAUUACUUAAAAACUCAGGGCCCUUUUCAUCCCUUUGUACACUGAAAAAGUUCAAUUGGUAGCAAAUAAGCAGUUAGAUCCAGUUGAAUAUUUAAAGUGUUUGUUGCACAGCUCAUUUAAUGUUUCACCUUACUUGACUUUUUCACAUAGAAUAUCAGAUUUUAUUAAUCAUAAAAAGUUACCCAGUUCUGUAAUUACUGAACAGAGGGAAUGACUCAACUAAUUUGCUACAUGUUGCAACAAACUUAGGCCUAUAGUGCUGGAGCACUGAUUUAAAACGAUUUACAUUUCUGUUCUUUGGUCAAAUGACCAUACAUGAUAUGGGACAAAUUGUUCCAUUUUGUUUGUUUUUAAUAAGAUAGUAAAGUAGUUCCUCUCAGAUAGGAUUUUCUCCAGAGACAAUUUAGGGUUAUGAAGCGUUCUUCGAAAAGUGAACUAAGUAUUUUACAACUUUAGUAAUAACUUGAAUGGUUUUGAGAAAAUAACCUAUAAUAUUUAUCACAUUGUCAGAGUGAAACAAUUUUUCUUUGAAUCAGACAAGUUCAAGCUCUAAGUUGAUAUAACUUAAAAUCCUAGAAAGUUAUCCAUAAGCAGUCUCUUGUCUCAGGCUCUUCACCUUAUAUUACCAAUCCUCUCAAGUAUGUAAAGGAAACAUUUUUAAAGAAGCUUAAAAGUAAGAAAAAAAUACUAAAAGAUGCAAUUCAAAGAUGGAUAGGUCCCAGUUUAACAUUGAAUUGCUUGACUUCUGUGGAUUUUCUUUUUCUGGCCACAUUUAUUUAUUUAAGCAAUUUUUGUAUGCCUUGUCAUUUUGUUCCAUAGAGAUUAUAUUGUAUCAGUGUUUAUGUAAGCUGGAAUCAUCCUCAGUUUUCUGUUGAUAAUUUUUCAGAUAAUGAUACAUGGAUAAUUGUAAAAUACACUAACUCUUAGGGUGUUGUAAUAGCUGAAACAAGGAGAUGUGUAGCUGCCAUGCUUUUUUGAAUGGAUGGGAGAAACAUAAGCUACAGAGUAUUCAUUUUUGAGGAUGCUUUUCUGGAAAAAGAAAGGCUAGAAAAUAUUCGCACUUCCUCAGAACCCUCUUUCUUGUUAACGGGUAUCUUUUGUUGGUGUGUUUUGCUCUUACAUUACAGAUAGACUGUCAUAUAUGAGUUUAUGAAUAAUUUCAGUUAUUUUGCUUUUGUAUAAGCUGUCUGAAACCUUGCUAUGCUGUAUAAGUUGUGUUUGAUGGGUCAGUGUGAGUAUAAAAUAAAGCAAAUCACUCUUCUUUUGUAUUAUCUAUGGAUGCCACUAUGAAAGCUGACAUUAAGCCACUAAAGAGUUUUCUAUGAAUAAGUGUAAGUAAAUGCUUUGAUAUAUAUAAACCUAAGUAAAAAGAUUGUAUUGAUACAGAGACAUUGGAGAAGGAGAUUUUAAGGCAGUUCUUUAGGUUAAAAAAGGCUUGCUGUAAAAUGGUGCAUUAUUCCGUUUAUUAAAGAUCAUAUUAAUGACAA